CCAGCAGUGGCUUCGAGAAAACAAAGGACCGUUAACAGCGAGGAUAACAUCGAGAUUUUCUGUGGGGAGCCGAGACUCAUUUAACGGUCGUUUUUGGACAUUGAUGAAGAGCAGACAUGGUUCUCCUCGGCCUCUUGAUUUUGGGUGCUCUUAUUAAAGGCCACCUGGCUCUUACCGCUGUUGAUUGUGGGUCUUCCUUCAGGCGUCCAGCGUACACCGACAUCGCAGUCUACUGCGGGACCCAGUCUAUAAAUUUGGCCAUCCAGGUUUGCCCGGUCAUUUACACCGGAUAUAACGAGAGUCUGUUGAUUCUGAAUCAAAUCAAAACGGAUCCGUUGUGUCGCGGGACGCUGGAUGCGACCGUCAGUCCCCCGGUCGUGCGCUUCAGCUUCCCGCUGAGACAGUUAGACGCCUGCGGCAGCGUCUUCCGCACCACCAGCGCUCCAGGGACGGGCAUCUUCUCGGACUUCUCUAACAUCCAGACGGUCAACAUCAGCGGGGUGGUCAGGUCUUUUGACCCCACGAUAGGAACGGUGACCUACAACGCCGAGCUGAGUUAUUUUUACUCCUGCGCCUAUCCACUCGAGUACCUGAUCAACAAUACACAAGUCGACGUGUCAUCCUCCUCCAUUGCAGUGAUUGACAACAAUGGUAGCUUCAUCAGCACUUUAAGCAUGCAGCUCUUCAAAGAUGUAAACUACACAGUUCCACUCGUUAUCCCAGCCAUUGGUGUUGAGCUCAGAACCAGAAUCUUUGUGCAAGUCAUUGCAGCAAACUUGACUUCACAGUAUCAUGUUCUGCUGGAUCGAUGCUAUGCUUCUAUCUCAGCCUUACCCUCCAAUUCAACCUUUUUCAACCUCUUUGUCCCGUGCUCGCAGGAUCAGUUUACCCUCGUGACGGAGAACGGAAACAGUCAGAAGGCCCGCUUUAGCUUCCCGGCUUUCCGCUUUGUCGAGCAACAGAACCUGACCAUUGCCACCUACUACCUCCACUGCAUCACCAGACUUUGUGAAACCAGCACCUGCGCCCAGUUCAAGCAAUGCAACAGGAGGAGGAGAAGGGAGAUACAGACAACAACAAUUAAAGAUGGCGUCUCAGACACCACCCUCAUCACCUCAGGACCUAUUAGGACUAAAGCAGACACCCCUCUCGCCACUAAGGAAGAAGCCGUGAGCAGUCCACAAAAGGCAAAUGGAAGCGGGGCGUCUGUAGGACUGGGUGUCGCUCUGGCCGUCCUCAUCUGUGUGGGCACCGUGGCCGCCCUCAUGGCCGUGUCGUUUUACCGGAAACUCAGGAUGCUUCGUUAACUUCCCGUGAUCCCAAAGCUCUUUAUGCGUAGGACCAAUACAACAGCACUGGUGGAGGUGGGAACUGGGGAUCCAUAUUAUUAAUAUCUGACUUUUUAAAUUAAAAAGCUUUGUCGGCAUAGCAGACAACACGAUUGUCAUUUGAAAUGCAAAUUCUGCAACCAAAAAAAAAUAUUUUAAUAUAUAAUAACUUAUAUACUUAAGGCACAGAUGUCUAAAUGCGCAACAUUUUAUUUUAACGCAAACAUGUACGGAGUGCAUUCAGUGGGAGAAAGAGGACAAAGGGAGCAACGCAGAUAAAAAAAAAAAAAGUUAUCCAUUUAAAACUGCUUUGAUUUUACUCAAGUCGUGCCACAUUCAAGGCUUUAGGAUUGACAGCUUUGAAAGAACGGGUGAAAAAAAAAUAAUCAUAAAGUUAUUAAUACAGCUGCAUGAAGAGCCUUGCUUUGAUUUAACUUGAUUAAGGAAGGAGGAAGGUUUCAUUUUGGAAAAAGAAUUACAGGAAUGCCUAUUUCAUAUGCGAUAUAUUACAAAUUCACUCAGUUGUCUUAUGAAACAUGUUUGUUUUUAUGUUUUGAGUUUGUACUUUUAUUGCAUGCAGUGUCAUUAAUAAAGGCUUGUAGGAU